AUGAAGCAGCGCGAACGGAUCGGGCUCCUCCCGCCCGUCCGCACCAGCGAUGUCCUCGUGUUCUCCUCCCGCCGCAAGCCCUUCCGCAGGCGCGACAACGGCGUCGCCCGCACCCCCCGCGUGCGCACCCCUUUUUUCAAGCGGAUGGCGAGGCGGCUGAGGACGGCGCGGCUCAUGGAACGCGCGGGGUUGCGGUUCGUCGCGGCGCCGCGGAGGCUGGAGGCUGCCUACGACGAUGAUCGCGCCGAUGCGAGGGGGGAGGGGCGCACGGACGCGGUCGUGGAGCGGGAGCGGGAGGAGGAAAAGGAGGAGCGCGACGAGGGCCCCGACGACGACGGCGACGCCGAGGACGACGACGUCGAUCGAUCCGCGUCGUCGUCGGACUCGGACGAGAUUCAGAUCACCGGGGAGAUCGCCGCGACGCCCCCGCCGCGGGGCACCGCGCCGUCGCUCACUCCCGCCGCCGCCGUCGCGCUCGCCUCCCGCGCGCUUCGCCUCACGCUCAAGCGCGAGCGCGGUCACGGCAACUGCAUGUUCUGCGCCUUCGCGUCGGGGCUCAACUCGUGGCUCGAACGCGGGGGACGCGCGACGCCCGGCUGGCGGCACUACGUCCGGCCCCUGUCCGAGCGCGAGGACGCCGCCGCGCUGCACGGCGCGGUCGCCGGUUCGAACCGCGGCGGGGUCGAAUGGACCCACCUGCGCCGCGCGCUGGUCCGGGCCCUCGAGGACACCGUCGCGGAUGCGCGAAAGAGGGACAGGGACCGGGUUAUGACGCAGCUGUGCGCGGGCGAGGAGGGAAGGGCGUGGCUGAGACGGGGAAAGUUCGCCCGGGCGUUGCCUUACGAGCGGUUCCGCGCGCACCUCGACGUGAUGGCGAAAGACGCGGCGCCCCACUCGGGACGCGACACGUGGACGAGGUUCUGGGGUACCGACGUCGAGGUCACCGCGCUUUGCGCCGCUUUGGGCGUAGCCGCGGUGGUCGUCGAGUGCGCCGACAAUCACGGGGGUGUUCACGGUGGGAGAUCGCCGUAUUACCUCGCGGUGCCCGCGGACGUCGCGGAGGAGACGGCGGCGGCGGACGGCGGCGGGUGGGAUCGAUUCGUGAAGUACGACGGCACGAAGAGGAUUCGGAUGCGACCCGGUAGGUACAUGCCGCACGGCGAGUGGGUGGGCGAGUCGUUGGAGUUUACACCGACCAACCGACCGACGGGCGUGCGACUGCGCGUUCUGCGGGUGCGCGAGGGGUCGAAAAAGGCGGUCAAAGCGUGGAAGGGGGGCGGCGAGUGGGGCGAGGGCGGCGGGGCGGGGGGGAAGAGGCGUUACAUCCCCGCGAUUGUCGUCGUUCACGCGCCGGGUCACUUUGACUCGUUGCAGCCGCGCGAGGGGACGACGCUGGUGUUGGAGCGAAGCGGGUGAGAUUGGCUUUUAAUUAAGCGACGGUACGGGU